CUAUGUCGUGCUUCAACUGAGUAGAGCAAUAAUAUGGGUGACAUUACGUAUAAGAGAUAGACUUUGGACUUUUUGGAUAAAAAAAACGAAAAAAUUUACACUCGUUGCUACUUCUUACAAGUUAAUUUUUGCGAUAAUGGAUACUGACGAGGAUUUUGACGAAGAACAACUUCGUAACAUUACUUUAGAAGCAGAACAAAAUAAAAAAUUGCUCCUAGAAAAUCGAAAACUCAAAGACGAGUUACUACUGAUAAAACAUCAACUAUCGCAGAUAAACGCACAGAAAGAUAAGAAGAGAACACAAGAAUCCACACAAGAAUCGGAUGUAGGACAAGAAAACAAGGACCAAACUUCGAUCGAAAAAACUUCUUNGCAAGAAAACAAGCGAAUAAGAGGUACAAGAGCGGGAAGAGCGAGAGCUCAAUGGUACAAAAAUCGCGGUACUCGUAGCCGCAAUUAUCGUGGCCGAGGUAACGUAAUAAAUAUUCAGUUGUAAAAUAUUUCCAGUGAUAAAAGAAGAUGUCAAAGAAACUCUCCAUUUUUUAAGAAAACUUCCAAAUAUUCUAUAUAAUUCUAUAAUUUUAAGGAAUGCUUUUGUUUCAAGAACGAAUGAAACUUUAUUAUUAACAAUAAUAUAUA